AUGGGAAAAUUUAGUUUGAAAAAGGCUCCUAAGCCGUCAAGCUCUGCUCCUAAAGAACCACCACCACCUCCUCCUCCUCCUCCCAAACCAGCGGCUCCAGCGAAGCCACCAUCACCGCCGCCACCACCACCUCCCAAACCUCCAGCGGCUCCAGCAGCGAGUCAUCCAGCAUCUCCACCAGAGCCGCCAUCAUUACCACCACAUAAUCCUCCAGUAACUCCAGAGAAGCAACCACCGCCGCCAGGAGAACCUCACGGGACAGAGCCGAACCAACCAACAGAAACGCCAUUGCCAGGAGAACCUCACGGGACUGAUCUCAAACAUUCAACAGAAACACCAUUGCCAGGAGAACCCCACGGGACAGAGCCGAACCAUCCAACAGAAACACCACUGCCAGGAGAACCUCACGGGACUGGGCUCCAACAUCCACCACCCCCCGGUCAUCCAGACACCGAGCCGGGCCAUCCAGAAGAGCCACCAUUCGAAGUCCCGGGUGCUCAGCAGCCACAUGAGUCGCAAGUCCCUACAAAGCCCCUACAUCCAGGCACCAUUCCGCCUGGUAAUGAACAUCAACCGACAAGUUCAUACCCGCCAAACGAGAACUCUUUCCCCUUCGGCUCGGGAGCAACUGACCCAAACUCGUAUUAUGGCCAGCAGCCCAGCUACAAUUGGCAAGAUGACUUGAAAAGCCAGCUCACAGGCAUCGGUGUGAAUGCAGCGAAUACUACAGUCACAGGUCUUAUCCAAACUGGUCUACAAAAAUGGCAAAAUCAACAGUACCCGAAUAUGUACCCAGGGGGAGCCGUAGAUCCCAACGCAUACCCUUCGGAUCCCAACGCAUACCCGACAGAUCCUAACGCGUACCCGACAGAUCCUAACGAAGACCCUUUAGAUCCUAACGCAUACCCUUCAGAUCCUAACGUAUACCCUUCAGAUCCUAACGCAUACCCGACAGAUCCUAACGCGUACCCGACAGAUCCUAACGAAGACCCUUCAGAUCCUAACGCGUACCCGACAGAUCCCAACGAAGACCCUUUAGAUCCCAACGCAUACCCGACAGAUUUUAACGCGUACCCGCCAGAUCCCAACGAAGACCCUUCAGAUCCCAACGCAUACCCGACAGAUCCUAACGAAGAUCCUUUAGAUCCUAACGCAUACCCCACAGAUCCUUAUAUGGGCGCGGAUCCCAGUAUGGGCGCGGGUUUCGAUACCGGUGCGAGCGUCGAUAGCGGCGCGAACGUCAAUAACGGCGGGAACACCAGCACCCACAACACGAACUUCGCCAACAACACGAAUCCCAGCAAUGAUAUGGAACACGGUGGCGAUAUGGAGCACGGUGAGGAUAUGGGGCAGUAUGACGGGUUGGAGACUGAUGGCGGGACAUAUUGGCCUGGAGACCAAUAUCACGAUGAAGACGAUAUACAGGGCGAGGAUGAGGCUAAUGGAGGGUAUUUGGACCCCGCGGACGAACAAACUGCAGAGGGUGGUCAUUCUGGAGGCGCCGGCAUGUUGGGGAAUGCGCCAUACGGCACAUCCAUCCAUCAACCCCCCGGCGCAAGGAUUGGGGUAACCAUCCGAUAG